UCUUCAAGAGAAUGUUAAUGUUUAACUGAAACGAUGUUCCUCGAUAGUAUAUAAAUUGGAGAAUUCACAAAGAUAGGAAACAGUAACAUCGUCACAAUCGAACAGUGAACAUUACAUUCAGCAAUCACAUUGAAUCCGAGGACAAAGUGAAAAAAGGAUUACACCGACGGAACAACUCACAUAAACGGUCAACAUGAAAGCGACUUUUUUCGUGGUGGUUUGCUUGUGUUUCAGCAUGUGUUCAUCAUUGCCAUCCUACGAUACGGAUUUGGCGGAUAUAGAAAAUGAUCAAUACAUGCGGCAACUAACGGAGUGGCUAGCCAAUACUGAUUCAAACGACUUCAACGAAUUGUACAGUUCACCUGCGUGCCGAGCAUGCUUCUAUCGCAUUCGCGACCCCUACGUGAACGUAGUCUCGGAUAAACGAUACGGGAAACGAAACUCAGAACUCAUAAACUCGUUGCUAAGCUUGCCGAAGAAGUUGAACGACGCAGGAAAGUAACUGCGUUACAUCAAGACUGCUGAUGGCACUUUCAUGACACCUAAAGUCGAGGAUCUAUGAAUGCCAUAUCCUAUAACCAAGUGCAAUGUGUCCUAGUCACACCAACAACGAAUGCCACUGAUAUAUAUCUCGUUCAUUGAAUUUCUUCUGCUGUUAGCUCAUCAAGAACAGAACUAGAUAAGACCAAAUCCAUAUUGAUGCUGCAAACGUAAUGCAAAUAAAAAUAAUUUGGAAUAAACCAAUGAAAUGGUUCAUUCGACUGUAUAAAGUUAUUCUCUAUUUUAGAUAAGUUGUUAAUCCACGUUGCAUCCGCUGACUGUAAACGAAAAUAAACUAUAAAUAAUAUUUAUAAAAAAGAA